AUGAAUUAUAUCAAUGAGUCUGAAAUUAUAGAAUAAGAUCUUCCUUAAGAUAUAGCAGAAUCAUUUGCUAUAAUUACAACACAUGUUAGAGUUCCAAAAGUGGUUGAAGAUUCCUCUUAAAUUCCUGAAAUUUUAUAAUUACUGUCUGGCUUCAAGUAUUCAUAAUAACAAAGAUUAUUUUAAUAUCAAAAUGUAUAGCCUUAAGUUUCCUUUUUAUAAGGAUAAGAAGAUAAAAGUGCAAUUUUAUAAAAUGAUCAAUUUAGAGGAUUAAAUUCAGAUAGAACUGAAAAUAAUGCAACUAUUACAUCAGUCAUUAUGCAAUCUGGUUUGUUUAUACAUGAAAAUUUUGUUCAACAUGAAGGAUUUAUUUUAAAAAAAACAAAAAAAUUGUUAUAACCAUUUAAAUAAAUAUAUUGUCAUUUUUAGGAUGGGAUCUUAAGUUUUUAUUUAAAUUAAUCAAAAUAAAAAGCUCGUUUCGUACUCAAUCUAGCUCUUUUUAAUUUUUAAUAUUACCAGAAAUAAAUUAUAAACUCUGAAAUACUUGAGUUUGGAUUAAAAUGUAUCAAUAAUGAUAAGAUUUUUCAAUUCAAAGGAAUUAAUAACAAUUAAUGGUUCUUUAUGAUCAAGAAAUUCAUAGUAAAUAAUAGAAAGAAGCCAAUAAUGAAAUUCUAUCUGAACCCAUUUAAUAAUUAUUAUAAAAAACGAUUAAUUACUAAUGAUUAAUUUAGAUAAAUGAGUUAAACUGGAGAUAUUCUUUUAUUUCAAACUAAGUCUUGCAGCUCUAAAAUUUAAAGAAUAUUAACUAGAUCAAAUUAUGGUAUUAUUUAUUAUUAAAAUAGAUCACGUUGCUAUGAUAUUAAAAUAUUAAUCUGGUUAUAUAUAUGUUUUGGAAGCAACUAAUUAAAAUGGAGUUGGAAUAUUUAAUUGGGAUUCCAUGGUUAAUAAUUUAUGGUAUGAAUUAUAUUCAAUGUAAUAAAUUUUAUUAUAUAUUUAUAGGGUUGUAUAUAGAUAACUUCAAUUAAUUAGAAAUGAAAAUUUUUUAUAAUAGAUUGAAAAAUUUGUUAAAGAAAACGUUGGAAGAUAAUAUAAUUUAAGUUUUACAAAACUAUUACAAGAUAAAUCUACUAUUAUUACAUCAUAAAAUUAAAAUGAAGAUCCCACUUAUUUUUGUUCAUAAUUAAUUGCAAAGUUAUACAAAUAGAUAGGAUUAUUAAACUAAGAUAAAUCUGCUAAUUAAUAUUGGCCUGGAUCCUUUUCUAAUGAAAGAGCUGAUAUUUAACUUAGCGAUGGUUCUCUCUCGGAUGAAUAUUUAAUAGGAUUUAAUAUGUGA